CAUAUUUUUUCUAGAAAUUAGUUGUCUGUGUGGAGUCUUCCCGUUCGUCCUUCGUGUUUUCGACAUCACACACUCGACAGAGAAUUCCACCAACUGUCAAAAAAUCUUUCUCUCUCUCACCGAGUCGGCUGCGCGCGCCGAGAGAUUCAUUUUCGGCGUGAGUGCCAACCAAGGCAGUCGUGUUGUGUGUGUGUGUCUGUGUGUGGUGUGUCGUCCGUCGAGGGUUUUUCGUGCUGCCUUCGUGUAGAGAAUUGGCAUCCACAACAUCGGGCCCCGUUUCCUCCGUUCACUUCAGUAUCUGUGAGUUCGUGGUCAAGACAACAAGUUAGCCUGGCCGUAGGGAAAAACGGUCAUCAAUACAAAGGCAUCAGUUUUCGGUUCGUCGGUCGGCCAAGUGAAUACCAGUCGAAAACUCCCGAGGUGAACCAAGUGACUGGCGAAGAAAUGCGCUGAAUAAUCACGACCGGAGCAGUGCGCGAGUGUGUGUCAGCGAUGGCCCAAGUGAAGACGGCCAGCAACGACGAUUCCAACCCAUCGACGACGACGACAGGAUCGACGCCAGCAGCCGAGUCGACGUUAUUACAUCAUAACUCAAAGAUGCCUGUUGCUAGCAUCCCCCUGUGCAGUGAAACGGAUCAAGAAAAAGAAACCAAAUCAAGUCAUCAACUGGUUAACGAAGAAGAAGAAGAAGAAGCCAGCGGAGGUGACGGCGGCGAUGUCGUCGACUCGUGUCAACAUGUCACAUCAUCCGCAUCGUCUCUGAUUCUACCAGCCAAUCCGCGCGAAGAUAACCUGAGCGUCGCCAGUCCCGAUUCCGGUCACGGCACGACUGGCAGUCACACGGAAUCGGAAGGCCAAUCGGAACACGAAGUUAUGAUGAUGGCGGCUCAACAGCAGCAAAUGGAAGUGACAGCUUCUAAUGUUCAGCUCCUCCAGCAGCAACAGCAUCAUCAUCCGCAGCAGCAGCAGCUGGCGAUGGCAGGGAUGAUGGGCGCCAUCUUGGCCGAGCCGGGCAUGCUUCCACUGCCUCGCGUGGAUUAUUCAUGGAUGAACGGGCAGCAGCAACAAGUUCACCAUCGGCAGCAUUUGCAGCAGCAGCAGCACCACGGCCCGGUAGUUCACGGUCCGAGAGUCAUGGAGCCGGUGGCUAUCAACACGGAAACGGGUUUCACGACGGUCCUGGUGGACGCUUCGGCCAUGGCCGGUUACCCGCACCACCAGAUGCCAACGGCUCAAGCCUCGCAUGGCUGGCAGCAGCCGCAUCACCAUCCGGGGGGACAGCAACACGGUUUCCAUCCGCAUCACCAUCAUCCGCACCCACAUCAUCAUCAUCACCAUCACCACCACGUCAUUGGGGGGCCCAUGGGUCAUCCUCAUCAUUUCCAGUCGCAGCAGCAACCGCACCACCCGCAUCCGCCGCCUCAUUUCUUGCAUCCGCACGCCUACCACGACCCUAUGGCGGCCGGAAUGGCCGAUUACGGCGGAUACAUUGGCGGCGGAGGCUACGAUACGGGACUUUUGGCUGCACCUCCUUACGAUCCCACGUCUGGUGUCAUUUACGAUCAUCCCAGCCUCCAUCUGGGCGGAGGAGGUCCAGCAGGGGGAAAUGGAGCUCCACCUCCUCCUCAUUUGACGACGUUUGGCGGUUCCGGAAAAGGUGGGGGUGGUCCUGGCGGAAGGAAUCACCGAGCUGGACGGGGCUCUAGCGUCAGCCCCAAACGUCCCAAUCACCGAUCUGUCUCGCAGAACAACAACGCCACUCAACCCAGACGCGCUUCCGGCCAGGCCCAUUCUUCUUCCGGCGGUGGCCGAUACACUCCAUCACCGUCUUCUGGACGUUCUCGGGGAUCAUCUCCCGGUGUCAACAUCACUGCAGCCACAACGCCAAGCACCACCACCACCACUACAAACAACAAUAACAACAACAACAACAACAACAAUCAUCCCCCUCCUGCCACUACUGCCGCUUCCGGCAAUCCGCCAAUGGUUAUCCUUCACGGAGGAUCGUCAUCGACUUGCCCGCCGCCACCGUCGGCUCCCGGUCAACACGUCGUUCAUUUGCAUGUCAAUCCCGGCGAAACGGUCAGCCUCCAGAUGGGCGGUCAAGUUCAAGUGAUUCAAGGUCCGGCUACCGUGCGGAUGGUGUCGACCGGAUCGCCGCCCGUCCCGCUACCUGUCCAAGUGCCACCUGGUCACGUUCUCCAGCAGAUAGUCGACGAGAGGGGCACAUUGCGUCACGUCAUCUUAUCUCCGGCACCGGCUGCAACGGCUGCGGCUGUUGCGGCCGCGGUGGCGGCAGCGGCGGCUGCCACAGCCGGUCAGCACCAGCAGACGACGUCGGCGGCUGCUGGAUCGGCAACAACAACAACAGCCACACCGACGACUUCGACGACGGCCGUUUCAACCCUGGCGCAACCUCCGCCACAACAACAGUCGAACAACUUGGGAGUUUUACCGCUCGCCACUCCGCCGCAUCCACCUCCGCCUCCCCCGCACUAUGGUUCGACGCAUGGCCCCCCGCCGACGACUACGACGCCACCUCUGUAUUACGGCUCGAAUGGAACGGGCGGAGGUGUUGUUUACGGUGGUGGACCGCCCAGUCUGAUUAGCCACGGUGCUACUCGACCACCUCAUUCUCACCACCAUCAUCAUCCAGCAGCGGCGGCGGUGGCUCACGGUUACAACAUGUCGUCGUCGUCGUCCUCGGCUGCUAAUACCACCAAAGGGCCAUCACCUCCGUCGCCGCCGUCGCCGGUGAAUUACCCCAACGAGCGACUGCAAAGGCAGUCGGCCAAACUUCGCAAGAAAUUGGAGAGUAGGUCGAAUAAAACGGGGAGCGCUAACGUGACCGCUAAUCCGGCCGCAUCUUCCUCAAUCGAAACUCCGCCUUCAUCUCCGAAAAAAGACAACAACAACAUUCGUAAGCUGAAAGAUCGCAAUCAGAAUGGAAUGCCGGAAAUUGGUUUGCCUGCAGCCGGCCAAGACCAUCAUCACCACCACCACCAGCAAACGGAGGCAGCCAAUAAGAAAAACGAUCAAGAAGCAAUGGCGGAACGAAUAACCGAACUUGGAGCCCCUCAGGUGGCUGAUGUCGGGUCGCGAUCUGCCAACGUCAGCUGGACACCCGUUGAGCCUGUGAUAGUGGAAUCGACUGGAAUCACGGAACCGGUCAAAGAUUUGGUGCUGGACAUAUCGUACGAGGCUGUGAUGGGACAGAAAACGGGCGCCAGCAGUAAAUCCCCCUCGUUCUCUCAAGAGAAGUGCAGUUACCGUGGCAAAGAAUGUCAUUUCAGGUUGAUGGAUCUUCAACCAGGCACGGAUUAUUGGAUCCGCGUGAGUGCCUUAGUGAACGAGAUGAAGGUCAAAGAUGCGCCGGUCGUCGAGUUCCGCACUAAUGCCUGCCGGCCCGAUACGCCGCUCUUGCCCAAAUUGCAGAACCGGACGAGGAAUUCGCUUUUGGUGCGCUGGACGUCGCCGUCGGACAACGGGUCGACCAUCGUCCACUACAUCCUCGAGUGCGACGACGGAACGGGCGGCGACCAGUACAGCGAAGUCUACCGCAACCGCAACAAGCAGUUCACCAUCGGCAAGCUGCAAUCGUCCACGUGCUAUGCAAUUCGACUGGCGGCCUGCAACGAAAUUGGGGCCAGCGACUGGAGCCCGGUCCUGAAAGCCACGACCAUGGGCGCCCCGCCUCUGCCGCCUCCUCCGCCCACAUUGCGCUCGGCCAGCGCCAAACAACUGAACCUCGUGUGGGGUGGUGGUCCGUCGUCGUCGUCGCCGGCCGACAUGUUGUACACGCUCCAGAUGGUGGACCCUGAUUCGGGUCACGGCUUCCUCAACGUCUACCACGGAUCCGACAACGAAUACACAUGCACCGGCUUAACUCGCAGCACUGCUUAUCGAUUCAGAUUGCAGGCGCAGAACGACGACGGCCUAUCGAGGUGGUCGGAAGAGACGACCUUGUCGACGACGGCCGACCGCCCGGCCGCUCCUGCCCGCCCGAGCGUCAAGGGACGCAUUCAGGCGCAUAGCUUCCGCGUUCGCUGGGACCCGCCAUUGGAUUCGGGUGGCGCUCCCGUUAGACAGUACUCGCUGGAACUGGACUCGGCUGGCACAGGCUUUUCGCCCAUCUGGAACGGGCCUGAAACGGAAUUCAACUGCGACAAACUGACGCCGGGAACCACUUACCGCGUUCGGAUUUCGUGCUUUAACGGCCAGGAGCACAGCGAUGUUUCCGAGACGUUGAUCGUCACCACCGAGCCCGUUUGCCCAGGAGCUCCGGCAGCACCGCACUUGGUGGGCAAAGUGCGGUCCACCAGUUUGCAGCUCGGAUGGGAGCGGCCGGAAUACGACGGCGGAUCGAUGGUAACCCAGUAUGAAGUGAAUAUCAUCAACCCGGAUGGCAGCACAAGAAUCGCCUUCUCCGGCUAUGAGACGGAAUGCCUCGUUGCGUCUCUUCUUCCCGGAAGGUGCUACGCGUUUCAAGUGCGGGCCAGCAAUCGUAUCGGGUUUGGUCCCUGGUCCGAGUUGUUCGAGAUCAAGAGCGGCCCAGGUGUUCCCAGUGCUCCUGUCCAGCCGUUGGUGACCAAUCGAUCGGCGCAUUCGGUGUCGCUCGUCUGGAACGAGCCGGACAACAAUGGCUCCCCUGUCCACGAAUACCGUCUAGAGAUGGCGCCUCACCCGCGAGUCACCAAGAGCUCGAGCGUCGGUUCGUUAACCGAUUCGGCCGUCGAUGUUCAAACGGCCAACAACGCGGAAGACCCGGUCGACCCGGAUCAAUUAAUUUUCACGCCCCACCACAGCGGGUCGGCCAAACAACUCGAAGUCAAAGGAUUACACCCGUGGAACACUUACCAUUUCCGCGUCCAGGCCGUCAAUGCUAUCGGUCUCAGUGCUUUCUCUCCAGUCUCUUCCAUGACGACAUUGGCUUCUUCCCCUGCGUCCGUUUCUGGUUUGCGGUGCACGUGCGUGACGGCGACCAGUCUGAGUCUUUCUUGGAACGCCCCCCAUUGCAACGGCUCGUCCAUCACGCACUACAACGUGGAAAUCGGGGACAGAGGGACGUUCCCCACUAAUGAUUGUUCGACAACCUUUGACGUCAAUUACCUGACUCCCGACACCACCUACAGAGUUCGCGUUCAAGCCGCCAACGCCAUCGGCGUGGGUCCUUACUCGACAGCAUUCAAAUUCAGCACUCGACCUUUGCCGCCCGAAGCGCCGCGGCUCGAGUGCGUUCAAGCCAAUCACAACAGCCUGAAGCUGCGCUGGGCCGACGGCAAGAACCUGGAUUUCAUCCAUUAUUCCGUGGAAAUGCAGGAGGAUGGCAGCGACAAGUUCUAUCUGGUUUAUGAGGGAACCAGUCACAGCUACAGGGUGCCGAAAUUGAAAGAAUCGACGUCCUACACUUUUCGGAUAUGCGCUCGCAACGAGGUGGGCGAAGGACCUUACUCCGACGAGGUGGUGUACACGACGACCAGAGCGCCACCGCCGACGCUCAAGAAGCCGGAAGUGCUUGACUUGACGGAAACGAGCUGCCGUAUCGUGUGGUCGGCAUACCGAUUACCCGUGUCCAGUGACAGCGUGAUUUAUCUGGUGGAAGUGACACGGACCAGGGAGUCGCAGGAGCCCAUAGUGAUGAGGAGGUGUUGGGAAAGCGAAAUAGCCGUCGACGGAUUGGAAUCGAGGACCGAAUACUCUGUCCGCGUUUGCCCGAUCCGGCUGUGCCAGGACGGCGAAAUCCCGGGUGCUUAUUCGCCUUUGAAAACAUUCUUGACGCCAUCAAAUCAAGCCCAGAAUCUAUCGACAAUCGAUUCGCAACAGAAUGCUUCCAGUCAGAUGGCGAAGAAGACGCCGAAACCUCUGAAGGAUCAGCAAGUUGUCUUCAUCAUCAUCGCCGCUUUCAUCCUCAUUGCCAUUAUAAUCGCCGUAGUGAUGGAUAACCUAGGUGUUAAGUGAAGAGCAAUCAUUGAAAAGCAAAAGAUAUUGUGUGGCAGCCGGAAAAGGGGAGGCAAAGUAAACGAGACAAAUUACGAAAAAUGAUGAAACGGGAUUGAUGAUUCCCGCCGCUCGUGGGAUUUCUGGGAAUUUUUGGGAGGGAACGACUCCGACGGCACAAAUUUACAGUUGACACAAUCCGCACAUCACACCACCGCUUCCCUUCGGACCGGAUUGUUUAUUCCAUAUCAAUUCUCUAUUAUAAGAUAGUCUACGAUAUUUUCUCCAUAUUAUAUUGUUGUUUAGGAAAAGAGAGAAGCGAAACGACGGUGUUAAACAAGCGACUUAAAUUGAUCCUCUCCUUCUUUAAUUGAUACUCUUGCAAAGACAAACCCCCCCGUGUGUCCACUCAUACACCAUGUGACCCACACCCACACACACCUUACUAUCGCCCCACUGCGACAAGUUGUUCCAAGUCACUUGUUAUUGGCAAAACAUUCCUCAUCGGCACAGCGCAUGAGUUAUAUAAUGGAAAUACGUUUUUCUUUAUAUAUAUUUGUUUCGGGUUCGGAUUGAUCUAUUUCUCCCUCUCCCUCCGCCAAGUUACGUUUAUUCCUUUUUCUAUAUAUGAUUUUGUCUUUUGCACUUUAUUUUUUCUUCGCCGGAUUGUGUGUGUGCGUAUGCUAUUGCAGAGAAUUAUUCCAACUCCAUUUUUUUGUUUGUCCUCCGUCAAUGAAAUGUAUUGACUUUAUGCGGUUUAUGUUUACUUUUCGUUCUCCAUUCGAGCACUUUAGUCGGAAAAACGUUCUCUCUAUUAUCUGUCCUUUGAUUCGUUCCUCUUUCCAAGUUACCCAUGGCAUCAUUCGCAAAAAGAAAACCAAAACGGGGGGAAAAAAACUGACGCUAUUAUAAAAAAAAAAAAUGAAACGAAACAUUUCCGGGGAGAGAGACUUUAAUGGAAGCAAGUUGAAUGAAAGUUUAUUGUGGUGCCAAUUCAUAUAUAUUUUUUUUUUGCCUUUGGUUUGUUUGUUUAUCUUUAUUUUUCUAUCCCAUAUUAUAUUUUUUUGGUCCUUGAUAUUCUCUAUAUGCUCUCUAUCCUUCUCACACUUGAUAUCUCCACCUACCUUUGCCCCCUGGUUUCUUUGAUUCGAUGGAUGCAAACGUAAAUGUCUGUGACUUUAUUCCCCUUUCAGAGAAACAAUCGCCACGUUAUUAUUAUGUCUUGGGUUCAAUUCUACACACUAAAACUUAAAGAAAAAAAGAAAGAAAAAAAUACGCAUAUUUUCCAGGGUGUUUAUAUACGGAUUCCACAGUUUAUCUCCAUCUAUUUCUCUAUCCACCACAUACACACAUAAAUAUAUAUAUUAUAUAUACAGUUUAUAUCUUAUGAUCCAAAACCAACCAACUAAAAUAGGACAUUGCUUGGCCAUAUGUUAUAGAUAAGAAGUUAUUUCUCUAUUUUUAUAUAGCCCACAAGGAGGAAAAAAAAAACAAAAAAAAUAUAUAUAUUAUCCAUGGUUUUCCAGGGAGUGACAGAGUUGAAUGAGAGAAAAGAAGAAAACAUUGAAGAAAAAGAAAAAAAAAACCAACAAUCAAUCAAUUUUUCGAUGUAAUUUGGAUGUUUUCUAUAUUGAAGAAACGCGCCAUUUGAGCUUUUUGUGUGCUGCUGGAUGUAUCAUAUUCUAUUAAACACGGAAACGGAAAAGAUUGUUCUUUGCCUGUGGAA